AGAGAGUGUGUGAGUGAGUGUGUGUGUGGUGGGCGGGGCCUGUGGCAGCAGAAGGCUCAUUGUCUGAGGAAGCAGAGGGGGAGAGGGAGGGUCGAGCGAGAUUGACAAAGACAGCGGCUGAGAGAGAGAGAGAGAGAGAGAGAGAGAGAGAGAGAGAGAGAGACAAAGGGGAGGGAGGCCGACUCUCUUUCUUUCUUCAUGUGGGGGAGGAGAGGGGGAGGAUUAACCGGCGCUCACGCACACAUUUAAUAUAAACACACACAACCGACACGGCAGCAGAGCUUCAUCUGGAUCAGCAUCAUCAGCAGCAUCAGCAUCAUCAGCAGCAUCAGCAGCAGCAGCUGCUGCAGCAGCGAGGACGAGAGACAAAGAGACACACAGACAGAGAGGCAAUAUUCACUGUCUGACAAAAGAUAGACAGGACGGAGAGACAGACAGGACGGAGAGACAGACAGGCCUUCUCCGCCUGAUGGCCGACCACAUGUUCCUGCCGCUGUGUGUCUGAGUGUGUUGUUGUGGGUGGGUGUGUUCGGUGUGUCUUUCUAGGGUGUGUGUGUGUGUGUGUGUGUGUGUGUGUGUGUGUGUGUGUGUGAUGGGGAACGCAGAGAGCAUGGAGAGCCAGCUGGCGGUGAUCCGGUCCAGAGCCGCUCCGGUUCGACUCCCGAUGCCGGACCCGGCUGAGCUGGAGGAGAGGUUUUCCAUCGCACUGAAUUCAAUGAACCUGCCUCCUGACAAGGUGCGUCUGUUGCGUUCCUAUGACAACGAGAAGAAGUGGGAACUGAUCUGUGAUCAGGAGAGGUUUCAGGUGAAGAACCCCCCACACACCUACAUCCAGAAACUGAGAGGCUUCCUGGACCCAGCCGUCACUCGCAAGAAGUUCAGAAGAAGAGUUCAGGAGUCAACUCAGAUGCUCAGAGAGCUCGAGAUUUCUCUUCGCACAAACCAUAUCGGGUGGGUCAGAGAGUUUCUGAAUGAAGAGAAUCGAGGUCUGGAUGUUCUGGUCGAGUAUUUGUCAUUUGCUCAGUACGCCGUCACGUUUGAUGGUGAGCAGUCAGAGGCCGGAGGCGAGGUCUCGUCUAUAGACUCACCCUGGAGUCGAUCCAUAGAGGACCUCCAUGGUGAUUGCAGCCUCCCCUCCCCAUCCUCCUCUGUACCCCGAGCAGCUCGACACUCCAUCAGUUCCACUCUGGUGACCCGAUCCAACACUCUGCCGAGUCGUCGAACUCUGAAGAAUUCACGACUCGUCUGUAAAAAAGACGAUGUUCACGUUUGUGUCAUGUGUCUGAGAGCCAUCAUGAACUACCAGUAUGGAUUCAACAUGGUGAUGUCUCAUCCUCAUGCUGUCAAUGAAAUCGCCCUGAGCCUCAACAACAGGAACCCCAGGACGAAGGCUCUGGUGUUGGAGUUGUUGGCUGCCGUAUGUUUGGUCAGAGGAGGACAUGAGAUCAUCCUAUCGGCAUUCGACAACUUCAAAACUGUGUGUUCAGAGUCGAUGCGUUUUGAGAAGUUGAUGGAACAUUUUAAGAAUGAAGAUGACAACAUUGACUUUUUGGUGGCCUGUAUGCAGUUCAUUAACAUUGUGGUUCACUCGGUGGAGGACAUGAACUUCAGAGUCCAUCUGCAGUACGACUUCACCAAACUCAACCUGGACGACCACCUGGAGAGGCUGAAGCACACAGAGAGUGACAGGCUGCAGGUUCAGAUUCAGGCAUACCUUGACAAUGUGUUCGACGUUGGGACUCUACUGGAGGACGCAGAGACCAAAACUGCUGCUCUGGAACGAGUCGAGGAGUUGGAGGAGAGCCUGGGCACGAUGUCAGAGCGCCUGCUGGAUGUAGAGAACGAAGCAAUGCUGAAGAUCGUUGAGCUGGAGAAACAGCUGAUGCAAACCAACAAAGACCUGGACCACGUUCGGGAGGUGUAUGCGAGUGCUAACUCUCAGGUGCACACCUUGCGGCGGAUGGUUCGGGAGAAGGACCAGACAAUCCGGCGUCAGAGUCGUCUGGAGCGUCAGGCUCAGGAGGCCCAGCAGGCCGGAGGACCGGGAGCUCCUCAGCCACAGAGAGGAGAGGGGGAUGGAGGGGUGGCUGAUUCCGCCUCCCCUUCACCUCCACCCUGUCCUAACCUGUCCCCCAGUCCUGAGACCAUAGCCUAUCACAGCAUGGGUCCAGGGAUGAGUGGAGCUUCAGGGAUGCCAGCCCCGCCCCCUCCCCCUCCUCCACCACCAAUGCCAGGCACAGUAUCCAAUGGGCCGUACCCUGCACCUCCUCCCCCUGCUCCUCCUCCCCCUUCCCCCUCCCCCACCUCCCCCUGUCGUACCAGCGAGCUGUCCUCCUCUGUCCCCAUGCCCCCCCCACCACCUCCCGUGGCUCCCCCUCUCCCAGGGUCGGGAGGGUCUCCCACGGUCAUCUUUAACUCAGGACUCGCAGAGGGUCCUCUCAAAUUAUUCUCCGUGAAGAUAAAGAAGCCGAUCCAGACUAAGUUUAGGAUGCCGGUGUUGAACUGGGUCGCCCUGAAGCCAAGUCAGAUCAAUGGAACAGUCUUCAAUGACAUUGACGAUGAGUCCAUCCUUCAGGAUCUGGAUGUGGAGGGCUUUGAGGAGCUAUUUAAGACGAAGGCUCAGGGUCCAGCAGUGGAUUUGACUCUGUCCAGACAGAAACUUCCUCAGAAAGCUCCAUCCAAAGUUUCUCUGCUGGAGGCCAACAGAGCCAAAAACCUGGCCAUCACUCUGAGGAAGGCUGGUCAGGGGUCAGAGGUCAUCUGUCGCGCCAUCCACACGUUUGACCUGCGAACAGUCCGGGUCGACUUUGUGGAGUGUCUGAUGCGUUUCCUGCCAACGGAGGCAGAGGUGAAGCUUCUACGGCAAUAUGAGAGGGACAGAAAACCAUUAGAGUCUCUGAGCGAUGAAGACCGGUUCAUGAUGCAGUUCAGUCGCAUUGAAAGACUCAAUCAGCGGAUGUCGAUCAUGACAUUCAUGGGCAACUUCACAGACAAUGUCCAGAUGUUAACUCCGCAACUCCACGCCAUGAUCGCUGCUUCAGUUUCUAUAAAAUCAUCUCAGAAGCUCAAGAAGAUCCUUGAGAUCAUCUUGGCUCUUGGAAACUACAUGAACAGCAGUAAGAGAGGAGCUGUGUACGGAUUCAAACUGCAGAGUUUAGACCUGCUGCUGGAAACAAAGUCAACAGACAGGACACAGACGUUGCUUCAUUACAUUGCCAAUGUGGUGAGAGAAAAAUAUCCUGCAGUGUCUCUUUUUUACAAUGAGCUUCACUACGUCGACAAGGCUGCUGCAGUGAGUCUGGAGAACGUUCUGUCUGAUGUGAAGGACCUGCAACGUGGCAUGGAGCUCACCUGGAGAGAGUUCAGUGUUCAACACAAUGCCACACUUAAAGACUUCAUCAGCAGGCACGAAUCCAGACUCAGCAAGCUGCAAGAGGACGCACGCAUCGCUCAGGAUGCAUUUGAAGAUGUGGUAAAAUUUUUCGGGGAGAGCUCCAAGACAAUGCCGCCAUCCGUCUUCUUCCCAAUCUUUGUUCGUUUCAUUAAAGCAUACAGGCUGGCAGAGGAGGAGAAUGAACAGAGGAGGCGUCAGGAGCAGAUGUUACUGGAGAAACUGGAGCAGGAGGAGCAACAACAGGAGGAGACCAAGUCUCCGUCCCACAGGGGAAAGCGACAGCAGCAAGAGCUGAUCACUGAGCUCAGACGACGACAAGGAAAAGACAGCCGGCAUGUUUACGAAGGGAAGGAUGGAGCCAUAGAGGACAUCAUUACAGCUCUGAAGACCGUCCCCUUUACGGCCCGAUCGGCCAAGCGCAGUUCUCGCUUUUUCUGUGACCCAGCCCACUCCGAGGAGCACUACUGAGAGAGAGACAUGACAUCAGAGAGAGAGAGAGCUUAUCUGUCAGCAUGCCUGAUGAUGUCUUCUUCAGAUGACCACGCCCACUUCUAAUCCAUGGGACCAAUUAGCACUUUGAACAUUUAUUAUCAAUCGAUGUGAACUGAUGACAUCAUGUUUUGUAAGUUAUUUUAUUGGCCAGUGUAGGCACAGACUGGGUGACCAGAUUCCAUCUGACCAUUGACCUCUGACCUUUUAGAUUAUGUUCCACUCUGGCCUGACAGCAUUGAAACAUUUAAACUUUCUUGACCUGACAGAGAAACGUAUCUGAGUAAUGUUCUGAGGCUGAAGGUUUGGGUUUAGAGGAUUCUGUGAAGAAGAAUCUGCAUGAUGUUGAGAUAAUGACAGUGUUAAGAGAAAUGUAUUGUUCAUGCCAAAGUUGUGCCUGAUUCUUUUAAAAUACCACAACAUCAACAAACUGUGAGUCUCUGACCAGCAGUGGCACUGUAGAACAGCAAGCUGAUGAGCUGGUAAUGUUUUAUUACAUAUAUGACACUGAAACGUAAACACCUAAUAAGUUAAAAAUCACACGUGAUUUGGAUCACAUGAAUGUAGGUGAAUUCAAUGUUUCUCAUAAACAUUUCCUGUGUCAAAGGUCUGCAGGAUGCAUUAAGAACCAGACCUAUAGUCUUGGUUUUGGGUCAGCAGGUCUGUGGUUUUGUGGUUGUUCUGGGUUCCUUUCAGUCUGUGUCUUUAGCUAGCUCUUGUACAGGGUUCUACUCAUUUCACUACAUUGUGUUCUAUUGUAUUUAUGAGCCUUACCAGAGAUACACAGAGUCUGGCACCUUUCAUUAAGUUACAGGAAACAGUGUUAACAGGAAGCAUUUAGUGUCAGAAUGGCCUUUUGAGCCAGAAUCUUUGCCAAACUCUGGAUCUCCCCAGUCUCCUCCCUGAAACCCCCCUUUCCUUUCAAUACUGUUAGCUAGCGGCAGCCACACUCCACCAGAAAUAUCAGCUUCUGUCUGAAACAUGUUUUAUCCACUAACAUGAUGGAAGUACAUGAACGUGUCACCUGACACAGGUGUGAGCUGCAGUUUGAGGUGUGGCAGUACGGGGAUGCUGUCAUGGCUGCCAAGUUCUCCACAUAGUCUGAACUGAUUCAACGGAAAAGACUUGACUGCCUUCAGUCUGUAACACCUUAAACCAUCAUCUCAAAUCAAAAUAAGACAAAAAAGUGAAACAGCACAAAGUUUUCUACGUGUACAUAUAUUUUCUAAAACCUGUGUAGCGUUGCUCGUACUCCGUUUAGUGUUUGUUGAUGGUGAUUCUGCACUUGGUGGUGUAAAUAAAAUGCACCCUGUCCACAUGAAGCUGCUGUCUCUCUGUUGAAUACAAUUACAAAGAUUAUU